AUGAUAGUUAAUGUUUUAAGAGAGAAUCUUUACAAGGUUAAAAAGUAUAAAAGAAUAAUAACUAUAAUUUUAUUAUUGGUAUCCUUUUACUUUAUCAUUCCAUCAUUUAAUCCACAUAAGUUGAUGUCUUUUGAAUCCUGUUAUGACCUUUUAAAAGUUGAUGAUACCCUGACGCAAAGCAUAAACACCAAAUUUGAAGAAAUGCUGCCUAAUGAUACAAUCUUGAUUGUUACUAAUGAUUUAGAAUUCUUUGAUUAUCAUAUUUCUAAACUUAAAAUCAGAACAAAGUAUAUUAAGAUUGUAAACAGAGAUGACAAUAAAAGUUACUUCUUGAAGAUAUUUAUUAAUAGAUCUCAUACAUCCCAAGUCAGGGUCAAUUUAUGGAGUUUUAUGGUAAUUACAGAAGUUUUGUAUGUUGCUAAAGCAAUAUUUAAUAUCGGUUUUGACAUAAACCCGUUUAAAAUAACUAAUGUAUGGGAAAAUAGAAUUUAUUUAAACUUAUCAUAUGCGGAUACUAGAAAAUUUUUGUUUUUUCUCCGAGUAAUGUCUAAUUUCCAUUCUCAUUAUUACGGAUUAUACUUUUAUUUACCUUUAAAAGAUUCUAUUAUAAAAGGAGACAAUUUAGGUAUUUAUUGCGGAAUUAUGACUUUAGUACAUUUUUUUGAAAUGAAUAACAACAUUAAUCCAUUAAGCUUGUUGAUGGAUUUAAUCAUAUUUAAGAAGUGUCCUUUUGCUUUUAUUUUAUAUUAUGUAAAAAAUAAAGCAGCUUACUAUAGUAUAUUAUUAAUGAUAACUAAUUUGAAAUUUGCAUUUUUUUAUAAUCUAGGAUGGUUUUGUUAUUAUGUUUAUUAUCAUCUAAUUGAAUAUUUUAAUAAAAACUUUUAA